CAGUUCCUGUGGUUACCAGCCCUGCCCUUCUCUUGCCUGCUGGGAGUCAUAAAACCCAAGACUAGAAAGGAAAACCAGCAUUUGCUCAGGCAGCCUCUCUGGAAAGAUGCCACUUCUUCCUCUCCCCCUGCUACUCUUUCUCCUGUACUCCAGAGCUGAAACUGGGCAGAUCAUCAGGGGCACAGAAUGCAAGCCACAUUCCCGCCCCUACAUGGCCUUCCUAGAAAUUGUCACUUCCAGGGGUCUCCCGAAAGCUUGUGGUGGUUUCCUGAUAAGACGGAACUUUGUGCUGACGGCUGCUCACUGUGCAGGAAGGUCUAUAACAGUCACCCUUGGAGCCCAUAACAUAACAGAGAAAGAAGACACCUGGCAGAUGAUUAAGGUUGUAAAGCAAUUCCGUCAUCCAAAAUAUAACGAGUCUACUUUUCACCACGAUAUCAUGUUACUAAAGUUGAAGGAUAAAGCCAACCUGGCACUGGCCGUGGGGACACUCCCCCUCCCAUCCCAAUUCAACUUUGUCCCACCUGGGAGAAUGUGCCGGGUGGCUGGCUGGGGAAGAACAGGUGUGAUGGAGCCGAUCUCAGACACUCUGCAAGAGGUGAAGCUGAGACUCAUGGAACCCCAGGCCUGCAGCCACUUCAGAGACUUUGACCACAAUCUUCAGCUGUGUGUGGGAAAUCCCAAGAAGACAAAAUCUGCAUUUAAGGGAGACUCCGGGGGCCCUCUUCUGUGUGCUGGGGUGGCCCAGGGCAUUGUAUCCUAUGGACGGGUGGAUGCAAAGCCCCCUGCUGUCUUCACCCGAAUCUCCCAUUACCGGCCCUGGAUCAAUAAGGUCCUGCAGGCAAAUUAACCCUGGAUCCUGAGCCAGCCUUAAACAGAACCUGGAACUGGACCUGAGCAGCAAAGUGUGUGUCACUCAUUCUGGCCUGACCUUGGUCCCUUGGCCACAACCCAGAGCCUCCAGAAGUGUCCUACCGGUCAUAGAACUCUCAAUAAAUCUCAAUAAAGAUCCA